AUGAUGACAGGUAUCAAGAAAAAAGACGGGACGAAACAACCAACAUCUGAUGUUGAAAGGUUGUAUUCAUUUUUUGAUGUUUCUCUGAUAUCUUUGUUCUUAUACACUAUGUUUCAUCCUCAUCUACUUCUUAUGAAAAGAGGAGGACGUGUGAUUUAUGGGGGAAAAGUAGGUGAGAGGUCAAACAUUUUGAUCAAGUACUUUGAGAGUAUAAAUGGAAUUACACUGAUGCCAAGUGAAUACAAUACUGCAAAUUGGAUGGUUGAAAUGACUACACCUGCUGCUGAAGAAAGACUCGGGCAAGACUUUUCAGUGAUUUAUAAAAACUCUAAGCAAUAUAGAGAUAUUGAAGCUUUGAUUCAACAAACGAGUACUCCACAAACUGGCUCUGAACCUUUACACUUCUCUUCCACAUACUCCCAAACAGAUUUCUCUCAAUUCAGAACUUGCUUAUGGAAGCAGAAUCUUGUGUAUUGGAGAAGCCCAUAA